AUGUCCCACAAUAACUCUCUUGUAUCAGAAGAAUUGUUUCAAUUGCAAAAGGAGAUUUUGGCAAAAAAUCCUCAAGAUGUCUUACAAUUUUGCGCUAAUUACUUCAACAAUAAAUUGCAAGGACAAAGAAGUUACUUGUGGUCACAAAAUGCAAAAGCCCAAGCAGCAGGCAUAAACUUAUUCCCCUCUGUUGACACUAUCAAUGCUCAAACAAACUCGUCCAAUUCUACGAGUGACAGAGAACCAAGUUUCAAAUCACCGUUUGUGUUGAAGGACCCACAUCUGACUCAUAACGAGAACGUAUUGGUUGGAGAAAAAUCUCAUGCUGUUGGUGGUGGUGAUGACAAUAGUAUGUUUAAAUCUAAUUUCGAUCUUGAAGGCAGUGAGCAGGCGCCACCUACUAAAGAAGAGAUGGAUUCUCAAAACCCAUCAUCAAAACCAUCAAGGUCGCUUUCACAAUCACAAUCACAAUCGCAACCACAACCACAACCACAAUCGCAACAAAUCAACACAAGCUCCUUCCAGAAAAUCCCGAUAAGUUUCAAUGCUAAUAGGAGAACCUCUGUUUCUGCAGAGGCAUUAAAUCCAGCAAAAUUAAAGACAGAGAGUUGGAAACCUCCUCAGAAUAACUUAUCUUUGACAGAAGAAGAGAACUUGGCUAAGAAUUUUCAGAAUAAUUUCCUCUUCAAACAAUUGGACGAGAACUCCAAAAAAACGGUUAUUUCUGCAUUACAAACCAAACACUUUAAAAAGGACUCUGUAAUAAUCACGCAAGGCGAUGAAGGGGAUUUUUUUUACAUAAUAGAAUCAGGAACUGUUGACUUUUACGUCAAUAAUGCUAAAGUUAAUUCCGGUAGUGAUGGUUCCUCAUUUGGCGAGUUGGCAUUGAUGUAUAACUCCCCGAGAGCCGCAACAGCCAUUGCAGCUACCGAUGUCACACUCUGGGCAUUGGACAGAUUAACUUUCCGCCGAAUCUUACUAGAGGGAACUUUCAAUAGAAGGUUGAUGUAUGAGGAUUUCCUCAAGAGUAUCGACAUUUUCAAAUCGUUGAGUGAACACGAGCUCUCCAAAUUAGCCGACGCUUUAAGCACAGAAAUGUAUAAAGAAGGUGAUGUUAUUGUGAGAGAGGGUGAACAAGGCGAAAAUUUUUACUUGAUUGAGAGCGGUACUUGUCAAGUUUCUAAUAAGAAACUAGGCGAUAUCAAAAAAUUAACCAAGGGAGAUUAUUUCGGUGAACUCGCGUUGCUCAAAGAAAUGCCGAGACAAGCCACGGUGACAGCUACAAAUAAUGUCAUUGUAGCAACAUUAGGAAAAUCUGGUUUCCAGAGACUUUUGGGACCAGUAGUCGAUGUAUUGAAGGAUAGAGAUCCUACAAAGAUUCAAGACCCAACGGCUUGA